AUGCUUGCUGAACCGUGUAAAUCCGUUGAUUUUGCAUUUAAACGUUGUCCAAAUGGUUUUUAUGCUGAGAUAAAAUAUGAUGGCGAACGUUUACAAUUACAUAAAAAUCAAGCAAAUAAAUUUAAAUUUUUUUCACGAAGUUUAAAACCUGUUACUGAACAUAAAAUUGAACAAAUAAGUCAAUUUGUUUCAAAAGCAUUUCCAAAAGGUGAAUCAUUGAUACUUGAUGGUGAAAUUUUAUUAAUUGAUAGAAAAACAAAAAAACCAUUACCAUUUGGAACACUUGGUGUACAUAAAAAGAAAGAAUUUUCAGAAGCUAAUGAAGUUUUUUUCAUUUUUGAUUGUCUUUAUUAUAAUGGCCAAAGUCUUUUACAUAAGACAUUAAAAGAACGUCGGGAAAUUCUUACUGAACAUAUGGCACCAAUUGAAAAUCGUAUUCUUCUUUCUGAAUUGAAAACAAUCAAUAAAAAAAGUGAACUUAAACAUUUAAUCAAUUUUACAAUUGCCGAAGGUCUUGAAGGAUUAGUUCUCAAGAAUCCUGAUGGAAUCUACGAACCAAGUAAACGUCAUUGGCUUAAAGUUAAAAAAGACUAUCUAAUGGAAGGUACAAUGGCUGAUACAGCUGAUUUAGUUGUUCUCGGUGCUUAUUAUGGUACAGGUAAAAAAGGAGGUUUAAUGAGUGUAUUUUUACUCGGUUGUUAUGAUCCAAAAACUGACCAAUGGUAUACUGUAGCAAAAUGUGGUAAUGGUUUUGAUGAUGCAACAUUAGAAAAACUUCAAAAUGAUUUAAAACCAAAUAUGACAAAAAUAUCGAAAAACCCAAAUCAAAUACCUAAAUGGUUAAAUGUUAAUCGUGAUCUUAUACCAGAUUUUAUUGUCACUGAUCCAAAACAAUCACCUGUUUGGGAAAUAACUCAUACAGCAAAUGGUAUUUCAAUUCGAUUUCCUCGUGUAACAAAAGUUCGUGAUGAUAAAACAUGGAAAGAAGCAACAAAUUUUGAUUAUUUAACUGAACUUUUUGAAAAAUCAAAACCAUCAAAAAAAGAAAAUGAUGAAGAUGAAGAUGAAGAAAAUCUUUUUCAUUUUGGCGAUACAAAUGAUAAUAAUAAUAAUAAUAAUAGCAGUAAUAAUAAUAAUAGUCCACAAAAACCAACACCAAUUAAACGUAAAUUACUUGAAAUUGAUUCUGAUGAUGAAAUUGAAAUACAACCAAAACCAAAUAAAAUUAUACGUAAAUCAUUACCAAAUAGUUUACUUAAACUUAAUUUUCCAAAUAUAUUUGCUAAUCAAUAUAUUUAUUUAUCAUCAUCAUUACCAAUGGAUGAAUAUAAUAAAUUAAAACGACAUAUUGAAGCAUUUGGUGGUCAAGUACUUUCACCUAAAGAUAUUAAUAAUGAGAAACAAUUAUUACGUGUAACACAUUGUGUUGGAGAAAAAGAUGCAACAUUUGAUAAAAUUGAUUUAGUGAAACAAAAAAUUCAAACCAAUGUUACACAUAUAUCAUUACCAACAGUUUAUGUUUGGAAAUGUAUUGCAAAUAAAACAAAACUUUAA